GUCCAAGAAAGCCACACCUCCAAAAGCUAAAAUUGUCAAACUCUUUCCAGAAGAGGUCCGCCAUUUUCUAGUUCUCGUUUGGACGCGUUCUUUUAUAAAUAUCCGAAUCGGUGAGAAAACUUGUUGAAAUAGCCGCACGCAAGAGUUCCUUUAUUGGUUUACGUUUGUUAAUACCGGACGGUUGGUUGUUUGUCAAGUCUGCAGCAUGAAACGCGUGUCGGACCGUGAUGCGUCGCCUUUUAGCAAACGUUCACGUUCAAGUCUUGGCCACUAUGAUGAAAGCUCAGAUGAUGAGAGAGGUGGAAGUGGAGCACCUCCUCCUUCAAGACGCAGGCGUUCACCAAGCCCUAGUCACCGUUCCAGAUAUCCCUUGCCACCUGAUCCACCAGUUCUGAGAGAGAGAGAUGACUACCCACCUCCGAGGUCAGCUCGUCCCCCACCACCGCCAACUGGUUACAAGACUCUGUGUGUCAGCUCAAUCCAUCCCAAGGCCAGUGAUGAAGUUGUCAAAGAUUCUCUGUAUCGAGAGUUCAAGAAGCACGGUGAGGUGAGCAUCAAACUGGUUCACGGUGCAGAACCAGAAGACAGGUUGGCUUAUGUUUCAUUCAGAAACCCUGAGGAUGCUCGUGAAGCCAGGCACAGCAAGCAGCGUAUCAUCCUGUAUGACAAACCAGCUGUGCUUGAGCCUGUAUAUGAAACAUCUGCCGGUCGCAGUACUAGAGCUCGUUCGAGAAGUUAUUCGCCCGUGCCGUACCGUGAAGAAGAACGCUACAUUCGACCACGCUCUCCGGAUGAUCGACACCGCAUGUAUGAUGACCGCUACGAUUACUCUCUGCGUGGUUACGGACCUCCACCUCCAGCCGGCAUGUACAGAGACUAUCGUCCUCCUCCAUACGACUAUCCUCCACGCGGUCCAUCUUCUUAUCGAGGCCAUUCUUACUACGGCGCUGGAGGACAUCCACCUGUUCCACACUACGAAAGAGGAAGUGAACGAGGAGGAGGAAGUCGAGGUGGUGGUCGCAGCGAAGAAGGUGGUAGAGGAGAACGUAAUCAUGAUCGUUACGAAAACAAGAAAGAUCGCUUCCCCAACUAUUUGCAUCACAUCCCGCCCGAAGAGGAUCCCCUGGCUACGCGAACUCUUUUCGCCGGCAAUUUGGAGAUCAAUAUAACCGAGGAAGAAUUGCGUCGCAUUUUCGGAAACUACGGUAUCGUCGAAGAUGUGGACAUCAAGCGGCCUCCACCCGGCACUGGCAACGCCUACGCUUUUGUCCGGUUCGAGAAUUUGGAUCAGGCCAAUCGCUGCAAAGUCGAGUUAUCCGGUCAGUAUAUCGGCAAGUUCCAAGUCAAAAUCGGCUACGGAAAAGCAACGCCUACCACACGCAUCUGGGUAGGUGGGCUUGGUCCAUGGACGUCUCUAGCUCAACUGGAACGCGAAUUUGACCGGUUUGGAGCCAUCAAGAAGAUUGAAUACAACAAGGGAGACACGUCGGCUUAUAUUUUGUACGAGACUAUUGAAGCAGCCCAGGCAGCAGUUCAAGACAUGCGUGGAUUUUGCCUUGGCGGUCCGGAUCGGAAACUCAAAACGGAUUUUGUUGACACUAAUCCACCGACAGCACAUCCUCCCACAGCCAAGAGCAAAGGAUCGUCUUCCUCCUACGAUGCUGCCACCGCUAGAAGCGGAGCUGGCGAAGACUACGCCAGCGAAACCAAUUGGAAUAAUGGAGACGAUCCCAACUACCGAACGGGAUCGAGCAGAACGGGCAGAGGCAAUCGUAGUGGGUAUGAAAAACGACCCAAUGCGUACCGAGGAUCAGGAGCCGAAGGUGAUGACUGGCCUGCCAACAGCAGCCGACGGCCUCCUCCAGACGAUUUCGAUUCUGCACGUGGAGGUUCGCGAUCACCUUCGAACGAGAGGCGAACUGACGAAGGUGGAAGGUUCUCUGGAUACCGUACGCUGGCCGAAGUGGCCAGACGCUCUCCCAGCAACUGGACGGGCGCAUUAGUACUUAAGAAUUCCUUUUUCCCGACAAAACUACACGUAACAUCCGGUGAAGCGUCAAUUGCAGAUCUUUUAUUGCACGACGACAAGAACCAACCUCAUUUGCGAAUCACCCAGCGAUUGAGGUUGGAUCCGCCCAAGUUGGAGGAUGUUUCACGACGAGUAUCUGCUUCCGCUUCUCACGCUAUCUUCCUCGGCCUGCCUGGAUCUACAGGCGCUGCCGCUAGCCCGACUUCUGACGAAGCUGCCGGAGUCCAGAACCGCCCGCUGCGCAAUCUUGUCACCUAUCUCAAGCAGAAAGAAGCGGCCGGUGUCAUCUCUCUAGCUAAUAAGAAUGCUGACGUUACUGGCGUCCUUUACGCCUUCCCUCCUUGCCAAUUCGCCGCCGACCUACUCCGACGAGCAGCCCCAUCUUUAACUGACGAGACGCUAAAGGAUGAUCACCUAGUUAUUGUUGUAGUGAAAGGAGGAACUGCUUGAAAGGACAAAAAAAAUUUGAUGGACAUCAAUCUGAUUUACUACUUUCACCUCUUCAGAUAAACCUGCGCACACCUUUAAUUCUCCGCAACCCCCUUUAAAAUUUUCACCAGCAAAUGAAACGACAUCUGGGUUUGGCCGUUUUUUUUUUUUUUUUUUUUUGAAAACUCCCUUAAAACAAAAUAAAUUUACCAUUUUCUUGACCAUUAUUAGAUGAACUCUUGAUCCUGACUUUUUUUUUUCAUUAUUUUUUUUUCCUUGCUUUAACCUUAUUUCUUUUCAGGUGUGUCCCGAACAUCAGUAAAAAAAAAAAAAAAAUAAGACCAAUAUUUUCAUCGGUGAUUGUGUGUGUGUGUGAAUGUGUUGAGUGUGUCUGUGUCGUGCUUAGGUUUUUGCCUACUACUACUACUACUAAACUAACCAGUUCUAUUCAGUGAGACAAAAAGGAAAGGGCAGGGGUUUUUGAGAAUCAUGGUGGAGUGAAAGAGGUGCGCGGCGUGAGUGGCAAGUGGUCUCGCUCGGUGUUCCUUUUUACAAUCCCCCAUCUGUGUGUUGUGUUCCACAUGAAAAUGAUGGCAAGCCGUCCUACACUUUUGUUGGAAGUUAAGAAAAUUUACAAACGUAAGAUCGACCCCCUUUCUCUCUUUUUCUCCGCCAGAUCUACGAAUUAUUGUGGGAAAGGGUUUUUAGUGGGCAUUGAAGCUCUUGGUGUGUGUUAACAAAGUGAAGUGAAACGUGCGUGUUUCUCUCAGUGAAAAAGAGUUUUUGAUAAAAAGUGAGGGGUGAAUUAGUGGUUUAUGUGCCGCAGGUGUGUGAUGUGUCUAGUUUAAGUUCUCUCAUUCGUAAAACCAUCACUUCUUUUUUUAUUGUUUUAAAGUGGCAUGCUUAAGGGAAAACAAGUGUUGUGCUUGCGCGAGUUAUAAGAGAUUAGUGGUGUGUGUGAUAGUGAGAAGUGAGGUUUUCCAGGUUUUCCCGUCGAGCCUCCCCCAACCGUGACAAGGCUGUGCUUUUUUUUUUUCGUCUUCUCCCAGGAUUAAUUCCUAAAAAUACGCAACCCUUUCAGAUAUCGUUUUCAUUUUCCCCCCAUCAGUUCUCAUUUAUGUAACCAUCUGAUAAAAGAAAAAAUAAACAAUAAUAAAU